AUGGUUGAUGUAGAGGGAGAAAGUUGGGCUCCACAGGUUGAAGAUGAUGAUGGUCACUUUGAUGUAGAGGAGUUGUUGUCUUUACAGUCUCUCUCCUACCUCUAUGAAGAAGAAGACCCUUCAACUGUUUGGUAUUACACACCUGAGGAAGAAAAUACAAUGCAACCAAAUGAAGAAGAAGAAGAAUCAGCAACGAGUCUAAUAAUGAAGGUACCCAGAGGUUUGUUCAACAAAACUGCUGCUGAAUAUGAAGUGAAUAGGUCCACAAUUUACAGAAUAUGGAAAGAUGCAAAGAGGCAAAUGACAUCCAGUGGAAUCAUUAAUGCGAAACACAAAAAAAAAGGCAGAUCUGGGAGGAAGUUUAUUGAUGUCAACCUGGACACACUUAGAGCAAUUCCAAAAAAGAAUAGAACCACAUUGAGAUCUUUUGGAGAGGCUUUGCAAGUUAGUCCUUCCACCAUUUAUAGGUGGGUGAAAAGGGGAAUAUUAAGGCCACACACAAAUUCAAUCAAACCAAAACUCACUGAAGCACACAAAGUAAAGAGAUUAACUUGGGUGUUAUCUCUCAGUAUUCCCAAAACAGUGACUGAGCUAUCUAAGUUUCAAAAUCUGAGCAACAUGAUUCAUAUAGAUGAGAAAUGGUUCUAUAUGAGCCAUGUUACUCAUAGAUACUACCUGUUGGCUGAUGAGGAAGAUCCGUAUAGAUCAUGUCAGAGUAAAAAAUGGGUUAACAAAGUAAUGUUCAUGGGAGGGAUAGGAAGACCAUUGUUUUCCACUGGUGGUGUUAUGCCGUGGGAUGGAAAAAUAGGCAUAUAUGCAUUCACUGAAGAUGUUGCGGCACAAAGGACAAGUGUAAACAGAGACAGAGGGACUGUGCAAACCAAGGCUAUACAAAGCAUCACUAAGGAAGUCAUCAGACAAAAGAUUAUCACUGAACUCAUCCCAGCCAUCAAAGCCAAAUGGCCUACUUUUGCAACAAAAACAAUUUGGAUCCAACAAGACAAUGCAAGGCCACAUAUUGCAAUUGAUGAUGCACAAUUUUUAGAGGCUGCAAACAGUGAUGGGUUUGAUAUGCAUUUAAUUUGUCAGCCAGCACAGUCACCUGAUCUUAACUUACUGGAUUUGGGAUUCUUUAGAGCCAUUCAAUCACUUCAAUACAAGACAUUCCCUACAAAUGUGGAUGAACUUGUAAAAUCAGUGAAGGAAGCUUAUGAUGCUUAUGACCCAAGGAUGAUCAAUUACACAUGGGUUCAAUUACAAUUGGUUAUGUUAGAGAUUUUAAAGUGCAAAGGAGGCAACGACUACAAAUAUCCCCACAUUGGGAAGGCAAAGCUAGAUAGACAAGGUAAGUUGCCUUACACAAUAGAAAUUCCAGAUGAGGUUGUGACAGGAGCAGUGGAACAUCUUUUGGAAGGUGAAGUUGUAGUAUAA